UCUGAAUUCGUAGUCUUAUUUCCCGAUGGGAUUAGAUCAUUGAUGUUCUGGUGUAUUCAUUGCAUAGGGCGGAUACUAAAUAAACUACAAAAAAAUUGUCCUUCGGCUGGGAGAAGCAUCGAUUUUUCGACGUAGCUUUUCACCCUGACCGAACCUAUAACUUGCUCCCAAUAUUUUCCAAAUAAUCAACAGUUGAAGAACUAGAACGGGCAUGACGAUUUUUUCAACAGGUGGCUCAAUUCGCAUCUGGGUAUGCCGCCGCUCUGCGUGCCUAUGUGCUAUUUUGCUUUAUUGCGGUAGUGGCGGCACGCAGGUGAGUUCGCUCAUGCGUGGUAUCCAGCUUGAAAGCUGUCGGAGCACGCGGAUUCACGCACAGGGCGAGAAGUUACGUUUUGAACAGGCAAGGAGUGCAAACCACAGGCUAGGCGUAGGUUUUUGCAAUAAUGCUAGAACAGCAAAUACCCCCUUUGCAUUUGGUAGGACCAAGCCAAUUAGCUAUGUAGUAAGUCACUAGUUCCCAAGAAGGAGACGCAAACAGAGGGACAAUCUACUUGCAUAAAGACGUGGUGUCUACUUGAGACACCGAAAUCUUUCGGACUCGAUGCUUGUCUAUAACUAGAAGGCGAAAAUGCACCUCUAUUUCUGCGAGUUGGAAGUACGAGUGAACCGCAUUUCCAGCUUCAUCAACCAAUACUGAGGGGGAGACCUGACACCGGGAUUGCGGAUUUUGGGGGCAACUCUAGUGCUGCGCAUGGAAUGGACGAGAGCAGCAAUCGGACCUCCGCUAUUCUCGAAGAUGCGCCGCCGGAAAAUACAAGAAAAGCAAGAGCAUCUCUAACAUCUCGACCCGCUGGUAGCAUGCCACCUAAAUAUGGCGACACUGUAGAUCAAGAAAAAGCUAUUUUUAGUACGCGGCAACAGCCAACAGAAGGGCAACCUUCGGCGCUUCUGGCUCAGGGUGCACUUGCGCGCCUCGUUUCUAGUGUUGCAUCGACUAUUCCAUAUCCAUACCCAUGUUGGGGCAUUGAUCUUUAAAACAGUGACCAAUGUGAAUCUCAAUGCGCUAUGGAAGUACUUAAGCGCAACAAGUAUGAACUGUGGUGCACUAGGAACGAGUGAAUUUUUGGAUCAGGAACUAUUUAUUGACCAAAAAUAUGAAAGUGUUGUUGUCGAUAAGAAUUACACGUUCGUGGGAGGCUUCAACAAGUCAGAGAAGGUUGAUCUUCAGAGCAUAAGUAGUAUUGUCUGCGGUUGUUACAAAAUGAGACUCAGUGGGUUUUGUUAUUUGAUUCCUCGCUAAUCGUGGUCGCCCUCGUCCUCGAGUAGUCCUGGUUCUGUCGCUUUUUUUGAGCAAGUUCCCCGAAUCGAGAAUACUAGGUCGAGUAGCGGAAAAGAGGAUCCUGCCACGAGCCCCGCUUCGGCAUUGUUACGAGUUGAGAGUGGUGGAGAUCUACAUGACGCUGCGGAGAGAUCUUCUUUCGUCUCCAUAAGCAGUGGAGCGCCGUCACGGUCACCCGGGUUCCAUCCAGACCGCGCUCUGCCAGGCAGCACUACAAGAGAUCUGGUGUCCUGCGAUCACGCUUUAGAAGUAGAACACAGGGAUAAAAAGAGGAAGGCUGCCACUGCAAGUCGCUGUACGAGCAGGCGUGCAUUAACUGCGGCUGGCGUCGUAGGUGCGGCCCUGCUCGCGACAGCAUGUGCGGCGAAUGCAGGUAUGCAUGCUUUUGCUCCUGUGGCGACUGUGGCAACAUCACUGGAGGGCACACCUGAAGCCCUAACAGGCCACGGCAAAACUAGUAGUCUUCUGAACGCAGCAUCAGCACUGGAAGAUCAUCAUGAAAACAGCGUGAUCGACCACCAUGCUCCAAACGAGGAAAUGAGCGGCCGGACGCAAGUAGAUGGGUCAGAAAAGUUGCGUCACGCUGCGAUGCUCGGCGAUAAUUGGGAAGACUUCGUGGAGAGGAACGAGGCAGAAGAGGAGGCAGAGCAUACCGAAGCGGAGGUUGAGGCUGGGCCUCUUCCACCAAGAGUUGGUGGUGCUGAAGAGGAAAUGAUGUAUGCAAGCGGAGGAGCGGGCUAUGCUGCAAACCUUUCGCCGGGUGACGUUGUUAAGAGGGCCGUCAAUAACUCACAUUGAGAUUGACAUUCUUCAUACUUCAUUUUUUUCACGUUCACCAUAACAAUGUCCAAAUUGUUACCGACACCCUUCAUGCUCCGACUUACUAAUAAAUAAUUGGUUCGUUUUUUUAGACACUGCAUCGCAGAGUGGAGUAAUUCAUUUUGGUCUGUGAUUUUCUAGUCAUUCAGUUCGAGACAUUGUUAAAAGAAUCCCUCCAAAUUCAUUUUUCGUGUUUCUCUCAGGUAAAAACGAUUGUUGAAGAGACUAGAACGCAGGAACGGCAGCCAGGCUGUAGACACUUAUUUGAUACACAUCACGUUUUUGCUUAAAGCACGCUCUCAAAGGUCCAACCACGAGAAAGCAC